AUGUGUAACAAGCUAUGCAGUAUGGCUUGCGAGCUCACAGGGCUUCAAAAACAGCUGCUUGAAGCACUGUUCGAGAGCGGUCUUUCCAGGGAUUCUCUCUUGUCAGCGUACGAUGCGCUGUGCGAUAAACAGGCAGAGAUAUCAGAAAGCGCAGAUAGCACGGACGAAGCGGAGCCUGAAGAUGUAAAACAUGUACCAAGCAGCAACGAGCCAGAACGAAAUGUGCCAGGCAGAAGUGACGCCGUGAAAUUCGAAGAAUCACCUCGGCGAACACAGCCGCAAGGCACACGCUUGGAAGAACAACAACAAAUGAAUUUGCUUGAUCAUAUGCUCAGGUAUGGUGUAUAUUUACUAUAUCUUAAAUGCCUCAUCCGCUUCUGCUUCUGUGUAGACACAUGUGGGUCAUGAGUUAUACUGAUCGAUCAAUUCCACACAAAUCACUGCAUUCGGUUCGUCGUUAAACUACAAUCGAUUUCUGAUACAAACGUUUUGUGAAAAGGUUUUCAUUUGUAAUAUGUUACUUAUACUUCCAAUUUAUAUUUAACCGGUUUCUUUAAAAUUUUGACCUCCGCUUUUUGCGCUCCUCUCCAAGUGAUGCCUCUCAUUCAGCCCAUUCUUUUUUAGAAUCAUUGUUUUGUAAUUUCCUUGCGGCAUGUCUUUGUUUUUGCUUGAUAGAUCAAUUGUAACACAUAUUUAGGUGGCACGCGACGAAACUACUUUUGUCUAUUUCAAUGUUCGUUUCGAAUCACUUACAAAUUAUAAACCUGAGUUGCAUCUCACAUGUAACUGCUUCGCGUCGUCAACACUUGUGAGUCACGCCGAAGAACUGAUCCUUCCUUUUUCCAUUGACGCCUUCUUCAGCAAUUAAAAGGCCAGUGUUUUUUUAUCAGAAGUUCGGUCGCAGUCGCCGGCCAGAUUACGCUUUUUGCAAAGAGUUCCCGCCUGUGUGAAACGAACAUGCUACAAGGUCGCUUUGCAUUAUUUAUGAAAUCGACUCCUGAGUUAUUUUGCGUUUGUGAAUAUAAAAUCCGUCGCGUUAAUCAUUUGCUCGGAUACAACAUAAGAAAGACAAUUAAAUAUUAACUUCAAGAACACAAAGGAAGUCAUAUUUCGGGACAUGAAUAUUUCAGUAUUUGGCUUGGGGGAGCUCAAGCGAGGCGUAUCUUUGUUGGUCACAAAUCGAAGCCAUGGUUGUUUUCGGCGACGCACAGUUUGAUUUCUUCAUUGAUUGCCAAAUCGUUGACAGAUAAGAGCAAAGAAAGAAAUAAUUAAGCCUUUUUUCCUGCAGCUUUCGACCAACACUUUCGUACAAAUCAUCGAUCGCUAAGGGUCAAAACGCGUUAUUUCACUCUAGAUCGAUUUCACAUGGGCUAUAAAAGAUUUGGAGUUGAACUAAGCGAGCUUGUAGGAAGGACUGCUUUAUUACAAACGACGUGUUUUCACACCCUGUGAAACAUUAUCUCGUAUGGCCAUGAGAGAAUUCCACCGUCGUUAACAAGCCUCACCGAAAACAAUAAUUACUUCUUUUCACCUCAAAGAACACAGUCUCUUAAAAAUGGUUUACCUUUUUUUUUCAAGCAUCCCGUAAACUGACUGAGCAUUUUUUCGCGUAUUCUUUCUGCCGUCUUACAGGUUUUGGUGAAAACCUUGUGCAGUUUGCCUCUAUGACCGGAAGUAGGAAUGUUUUUAUUCUCACUGGUGCUUUAAAAAAGAAGACGUCUGACUUAUUGAUUUGAACUCUUUUACAGGGGUGCUUCACUUCAAGCAUUCAUUUUGAACGAUUUUUAGUUUUUACAUUAAUAUUUUUUUGUGUACGGAAGGUCGAGGGUUCAAUUCCUAUCUGGAACUCCAAAUUUUUUUCUGUGUUCUCCUCUUCAUUUAUUAUUAAUUUUUUGGCGGUGGAAAAUCAUAAUUUAUUGGAUGGACUAGGUUGAUAAUUUCCCAUCAUACGAUAAAUCUUUCUCAGAGUGCUUUCAUUUCUGUGCCCUGUAUCAUUAACUGUUUUAGUACACGAACAAGGAUAUUGUAGGUUACCAAAGUUAUAAUCUUUGUAGUCCAUAAAUUUGUAUUUGAUUGAAAAUAAAAUAAUUUACUAUCCAGAAAUAAAUUGAUACUUAAGUAGGAAAUAAUAUUUUAUUAUAUUUUCAAUUUUCAAUAAUAAAAAACCUUCAUGUACAGAAUGUAUUUGAUGACCAGUUUUGUAGGAGAAAUUCAAAUGUCCUGAUUUUAAAAACAAUUUUGGCUUUUCUUGCAGUAGCUAGGCCAUUCCUUUCUGGGGACUGCGGUUUUUAAUGACACAAUUAUUAAGGACUUAACUUCAAUUGGGUGUGCCAUAAAUGAUCCAACUUGUAGAACGGUGUAUGCUUCAAUGCUUGCAAUUGUGUCCCUUUAAAAUUAUUUUCACAACCGAAAAUCAUCAUGUUAUAGUCAUGUCAGCAAUCCUUCAAUGUCUGCUUUGCUGCCUCCCUAAUUACAAGGUUGAAGGCAUGCCAACAGUUGC